CGCCAACAUGGAGGCGGCCGUCGGCGUCCCCGACGGCGGGGAGCCGGGCGGCCCGGGGCCCCGCGAGGACGCGACGCCCAUGGACGCGUAUCUGCGCAAGCUGGGCUUGUACCGCAAGCUGGUGGCCAAGGACGGCUCGUGCCUCUUCCGGGCCGUGGCCGAGCAGGUGUUGCAUUCUCAGUCUCGCCAUGUUGAAGUCAGAAUGGCCUGUAUUCACUAUCUUCGAGAGAACCGAGAGAUGUUUGAAGCGUUUAUAGAGGGGCCAUUUGAAGAUUAUUUAAAACGAUUGGAAAAUCCACAGGAAUGGGUUGGACAAGUGGAGAUAAGUGCCCUUUCUCUUAUGUACAGGAAAGAUUUUGUAAUUUAUCAGGAACCAAAUGUUUCUCCUUCACAAGUAACUGAAAAUAAUUUUCCUGAUAAGGUAUUACUGUGUUUUUCAAAUGGAAAUCAUUAUGACAUUGUCUAUCCCAUAAAGUAUAAAGAGAGCUCAGCUAUGUGUCAGUCUCUUCUUUAUGAAUUAUUAUAUGAAAGGGUAUUUAAAACUGAUGUCAGUACAAUCUUGAUGGGACUAGACACCUCUGAAGUAGCUGACGAAAACAGUGAAGUAUCAGAUUCCGAGGAUGACAGUUUCAAGAGUAAAAUGACAACUGCCAACGAUGUGAAUGGGAUUAAAGCUUUGUCAGAUGACCAGCACCUGAAAAACAAUGGGAACUCUCCUAGCCUGCCUUUGUCUAGAAAGGUUCUUAAGUCACUCAAUCCGACAGUUUAUAGAAAUGUGGAAUAUGAGAUUUGGCUGAAGUCUAAGCAAGUCCAACAAAAGCGUGAUUAUUCCAUUGCUGCUGGCUUACAAUAUGAAGUUGGGGAUAAAUGCCAACAGGUUAGGUUUGAUCACAAUGGGAAAUUUUCUAAUGCAGACUUUCAAGGGGCUCAUUCUGAGAAUGGACCAGUUCUGAUUGAAGACCUUGGAAAGAAACACUCACCGAAGAACCUCAAACAACCUACUUCAGAAAGCUGGAACACAGUGUCAGGGAAGAAGACAAAAAAGCCUUCCACCUCUGGACAAAAUUUCCAUUCUGACAUGGAUUAUAGAGGGCCAAAGAAUUCAAGCAAGCCAAUAAAAGCCCCAUCAGCACUACCUCCUCGACUCCAGAACCCUUUAGGAGUGAGACAGCAUGCAUUUUCCAGUCAUUCGACAGGGUCACCGUCUCAAAAAGCCUCCAGUGAGCACAAAAAUCUAAGUAGGACCCCCUCCCAGAUAAUACGGAAAUCUGACCGUGAGAGAGCUGAUGACUUUGAUCACGCAGGUCAAGAAUCUAACUAUUUUGGCCUCUCCCCAGAAGAGCGAAGAGAGAAGCAAGCUAUAGAAGAAUCCCGUUUACUCUAUGAGAUCCAGAAUAGAGAUGAACAGGCCUUCCCAGCUCUUUCUAGCUCAUCAGCCAGCCAGCCAACCUCUCAGAAUAGCAACCCGUGUGCCCAGAGAAAAGCACAUGUAAGUGAUAGGAAAGGAAGCAGGCGGAGAGUGGACACUGAGGAGCGAAAAGAUAGAGACUCUAUCCAUGGACAUGCGCAUUUGGAUAAAAAAGCCGAAUCAAGCACAUUGGAGAGUAUUAGUGAAGAUAAAUGUGCACGAGUUUCAUCACCAUCAAAGUCAAAGAAAGUAGAGUGCCAGACUCCUGCAGAACAAAAGCCAGCAGAACACGUGUCUUUGUCAAAUCCAGCUCCCCUUCUAGUUUCUCCAGAGGUUCAGCUCACUCCUGCCGUGCCUUCCUUACCAGCCACUGUGCCAGCCUGGCCAAGUGAACCUACAACUUUCGGACCAACAGGUAUCCCGACGCAAAUUCCUGUUUUGUCAGUGACACAGACUCUGACCACGGGGCCUGAUUCUGCUGUGUCCCAAGCUCAUUUAACACCCUCUCCAGUUCCUGUGACAAUACAAGCAGUUAACCAGCCCUUGAUGCCUUUGCCUCAGACACUGAGCCUCUACCAGGACCCGCUCUAUCCUGGGUUUCCUUGCAAUGAGAAGGGAGACCGAGCCAUCGCACCACCUUACUCACUGUGUCCCACCGGGGAAGACCUGCCUAAAGAUAAGAACAUUCUUCGAUUCUUUUUCAAUCUCGGUGUAAAGGCAUAUAGCUGUCCUAUGUGGGCCCCACAUUCAUACCUGUACCCUCUGCAUCAGGCCUACCUGGCAGCCUGCAGGAUGUACCCAAAGGUCCCUGUUCCUGUGUAUCCUCAUAACGCUUGGUUUCAAGAAGGUCCUGCUCAGAACGAGAGUGAUUGUACCUGUGCCGAAGCUCACUUCUCCAUGCAGACGGAGGCCAGCGUGAAUGGGCAGAUGCCACAGGCAGAGAUGGGACCACCGCCCUUUUCUUCACCUCUGGUUAUGCCUCCGCCUCAGGUGUCGGAGAGUCACGGACAGAUUCCUUACCAGCCAGACCUUGAACCUGAAAGCUCGGGGCAGCUGCUUCAAGCUGAAUACGAAGAGUCUCUGGGUGGCAAGAACCUGUUUCCACAGCCGUCCUUUGGCCCGAACCCGUUCUUGGGCCCGGUUCCUAUCGCCCCUCCUUUCUUCCCUCACGUUUGGUAUGGCUACCCUUUUCAGGGAUUCAUCGAAAACCCGGUGAUGAGGCAGAGUAUCGUUCUGCCGUCGGACGAGAAAGGAGAGCUGGACCUGCCCCUGGAGCACCUGGACCUGUCUCGAGAGUGUGGGUCCGUGCCAGCAGUCGGCGAGUGUCAGGACGCCGGUGGCCAGGCUGCCCACACCCUCCCCGAGACAUGCGGGAGCCGCCAGCACGAGGGCCGGGCAGAGCAGUCGUCCCAGACCUCCAAGGCAGGCCUGGUGUCGGCUUGCAGCCCCCCUGUGGCCGAGAGCGAGCCUCAUCUCCCCACUCAGGUUCUGCACAGGGACAGGGAGCCGGUGCCUGUUGAACUGGAGCCCAAAAGGACCAUUCCAAGUGUGAAAGAAAAACCAGAAAAGGUGAAAGAAGCGAAGACGGCUGCUGAUGUGGUCGGCGGGGCCAACUCUGUGGAGAGCAGAGUGCAGAGACCAAAAGAGGAGAGCUCGGAAGAUGAAAAUGAAGUCUCUAAUAUUCUGCGAAGUGGGAGAUCCAAGCAGUUCUACAAUCAGACCUACGGGGGCCGGAAGUACAAGAGUGACUGGGGUUACUCCGGCCGGGGAGGCUUCCAGCACUCUCGAGGGGAGGAGUCCUGGAAGGGCCAGCCUGGCCGCAGCCGCGAUGAGGGUUACCAGUACCACCGCAGCGUCAGAGGCCGGCCCUACCGAGGGGACAGGAGGAGGUCAGGGAUGGGCGAUGGCCAUCGGGGACAGCACACCUGACCAGUGUAACAGUGUGUUCUAGGGCAGAAACCUUUUCUUAGGUGGAGUGUGUCUAAAGGCUUUAAAACAUUUGAAAUAAAAUCCCAGAUUGGAACUCCAUCCGCCCCGCCCCCUCUCCCCUCUCUCUCACCCUGGACUAGAGAUCUGGACAUGAGUUCAAGGGGGGCAGGGAAUUCCUAGUGUUGCUAUUUUUCUUUGUUCAAAAUCUAUUUAUAGGGUGAUUGCCCCCAUAAAAGAUAGAAAAUAAGUUUGUUUAAAGUAUUUUUUAUAAACAGCUUAAUAUAAAAACAUAGAUUUAGUGUUUUUUUCCGUAUAUAAGUUUAAUUUUAAAUGUUGAAAAUGUGUGCUUUAUAGUGUUUACUAAAUCAACAAGGAAAUAUACCAUUUGACACAGAUUCCAAACCAUAACAUUGCACCAAAUAGAAAUGUAUAUUUUAUUAUGCAAUGCCUUAGUCAUAAACUGGGCUCAAACAGUUCUCAGCCUAAAACACUGUCUUUUGAAAUGCUUCCAACCCAAAGGCCUUUCAUCUCAAUAUCUGUCAAACUUGAAGAAUGUCUUCUCUUUAAUAUUACACAUAAGGCAGCCUAUUAACCGUGUCUUAGAAAUGUUGUAUAUAGUUCUUUUACUAUUCAUAGGGUAUAUUUUUGAAUUUUCAGUGAAUUCUUGUCGAACUUGAGAUCACAUGCAAGAACAGAUGUUUAAGAAACUGUAGGAAAUCUAAUGAAAUGGCUGUUUCCACCAAGAAUUCUUAGCACUGGUGUAAAUAUCAUGGUGCCUACUAGAAAGAAGUGUAGAUGCUAUGCAUUUUGGAAAUGAUCUGCAUCUGUUAAAACUGCAGAAGUUUUUUAAUGCCACUUUAACACUAAUGCACUGACAGAUUAAAAUAUUUUGAGAAGAAAUGUUAAAAUUUGUAGCUUGACAGGUUUCUACAGUAACUGUUGUUUUCUUCAUGCACCAUUGGUUAUGUGCAUCACUUUACAUUUGUGUGUUCAGUCUUCGUGGCUGGAACUGUUGUACAAAAAAGGAUGAUUGUGACUUCUAGUUCUUUUCUAGAGGAUGCUGCUAGAAAAUGGUUUCGGUUUGCGUUUUAUUGCUGUUACCUCCCAGUAACAUGUCUCUGAUCCCGCUUCCUUCCAGUCUUUGCAGUAUUCACUAGAAGGCCCCUUUGCAUGUUGCACUCUGUCCUCAUUUGGAGAUUGUACUCUCUGAAUUAACACAGUAUUCAUUCAUCUGUGUUACUACUCUGUAGAAGAAACUAGCUAAUUUCAUUUGUACAUAUCAAUGUGAAAACCUACCUAACCUUUUUAACAUUUUCUUUUGAUCAGGAAGUUUGAGUGCUACACAAAUAAUAGUAAUUGCUCUCUGCAUGCUAUUUGUAAUAUACCUAGCCAAAAAUUGAUUUUUUUUUAAAAAGAGAAAGCAAAAUAAAAACAUGCAAUUCACUUGAAUUUGACAAACUGAAGUAGAUGAGUUUUCUGGUUUCUCUAAUCUAUAGGAAUGUUUGGAUGCCAGCUAGGCUCAGUGAAUCUCCACUGUACUGUAAUAAUGGUUAUUUACCUCUGUGUUGUUUUAAUUACCUAAUGUCUGUGUAACUGCUGAUUUGAGAAGUGAUUAGCAUUUAGAUGUUUUGUAACGUAGGAUUAUAGAGAGCACUUUGAAAGAUAACAUUUUAUGAUGAUGGUGCUAGGUAAAAAUUUGUAAAGACUGGGAUGGUUGUGUGGAAAAGAAUUCUGAAGAAAACCUGUUAAGUAAUUUCUGUUGUCAUCUAUGUGAGGGCAUUUGAGGAAGGUGUUGCGUAAGCCAUUGUUUUUUCCUUAGUUAACAUCAACAGUUAUUAGGGAAUGAGAAGAGAGAGGGUCUUUCCCCUUUUAGCUCAUGCUUUUUAAUGUAGGAUAGUUUACCUGAUAAUUUUUAUGACAAAUCACAUUUAGAUGUAACUAUCAGGUUGAAAAAUAAAGUAUGUUUGAUCUCAGGAGUCCAAAAUAAAUCACUUAUUUCCAGUGUCCUUUAUUUUCUGGACUGGGAUUUGAUCUCAGUUUCUUCUGGAAAAGUUUUAAAGUUGGAUAGGAGAAAACAGUGUCCGUCAUUUCUUCUCUGUCACUGUCUUACCUCAAUGAAGUACCAGAAUACUCUUAGUCCUGAGGGGGAACACUGAUGUGCUUCCGGCCUCCCUCUUACCUCCAGGAUACGCUGGGAGCCGGGUUGAAAGAACUUCAGCCAGUGGUACUUGACUCAGUGACCUCGGGAACCGUAGAACUCUGGCUAUGCGAGAGUGAGUUCUGGAAUGAUCAGUCUGUGUGUGAAAGGUCAGUUUUGUUUUUUUUCCUUUAGUUAUAUUUUGCCUUAUGCUGAGGUCAAACUAGGGCCAAACGGGAUAUUAUCACCCUUCAUUUUAACCAGUCAUAAUGUGUACUUAAACGAAAAAUGAUGUUUUCUGAAUGAGAGAAGAAUAAAAGCCUAGAACAGGAAAGCAUUUGAAUUAGAGUUGGAAAUUAUGGAACUUCAGUAUAUUACAUUUGGAAGAACACAUUUAUAGAAUGACCAAAGCUCACUUGUUCUUUCUGUUGCUUCUGCUAAAGUUGAUUCCUGCCCUGCCCCGUUACUAUUUUUUUUUUUUACCAAGUUUAUUUCUUCUCAGACAAAUCUUCAACUCUUGUCCCACAUACUUGUUGGCAGGGGUUGCUGGCUUCUGUGCUAACUCACACCUCAUGAUGGCCGCCGUCAGCUGAGACCCUGCCGCCCUGCAAGUGGGAGUGGGUUUCCCCAAACCAUAACGCCCAUCAGCUUAUUGAAUGCAAGCCCCGUGUAUCCGUAGGGUGUGAUGUUUCUUUGUGACUUAAAAAUGCUUGUGAACCGCGAAGUUGCUUAUGAUUGACUUGGUGCAAUAAAGUUGCUUUCUAACCACUCUGGUUUAGAAAACAUGCAGCCAUCUUAGAAUUCUAGCAAUAUUUAUUUAUGCCUCGUUCCUCUGACCAUCUGUGCAGAUGAGGUUGACUUUCACAUGGGUACUAAGCAAGGUCCAUUUGUGUAGCUGAAGAGAAUGCAUAUUUGGCUACAUGAUUUCUGUUUACUGUGUUUUGCUCCCUAUUUUAUGUCUCAAUGCUAUUGUUUUGUUUAAAACCUUAAUAAUGGCUCAGUUUUGAUAUGUCAGUUUUAAAGAACUAAGGUUUUGCUACUAGUGUUAGCCAUAAUCUCCCAGUAAUUGGGCUUUCCCACUGAUAGGGAUGUUUUUUCCUCCUGAAAUAGAAGUUUUAGAAAAUCCUAGGAAAGGGGUGGGUGCAUGUCUUAUAAUGCUGGGAAACAGCAACUUUGGGGUUGAAUUUACUUGAAUGGAUUAAAAAUUGCAUUGUUACAGAGCUAGAAAAUUUAUGUAUGAAAAUGAUAAUAGCCUUACACUGAGUACAAAUAAUACUUAAAGCAUGUGAAGAUGUGAUCAUUUGUGAUGUUACUUGUAAAAAAAAGUAUAUUAUACAUAUCUUUUGAAGUGUUGAAAGGAAAAUAGUACUUUAUAUUCUUUAUCAUAUCACUUUUUGUAAGUGUUGAAUAUAUUCCUGUUUAUUUUUCUAUGUUCUGUUUUGUAGCCUUAAGAAGUGUUUCAAACAUAUCUGAAUGUAUAAAAUAAGAGUAAAUGCCCUACAUGGUGUGAUAUGCUGCAUUAUAUAUAAAACUGUGUGCAUAUAUUAAAUUUUGUUUUUGA